CCAAUGCUGAUCUUGCUACUCGCUCAGGGCUUUGAAGGACUGUAAAAUUUAAGGGGAAAGGGAUCUCCAGCAUCUCAAUAUGAUGUUCCUUUCUUUCAUUAACAACCACAUGCAUUCAUGGACGGGGUGCUCCCAUAUAGAUCUCGACAAGUGAAUCCGUGGCUAGAGGAACCUCAACUCGUGCUGUGUCUAACGCACACAUUCUCGGCGGAUCCUACCGGAAGAGCCUCUAAGAACACUUCUUUUCCUUUCACGUUUGCUUCCUUCCACCAUCCGGCACAACCCACAGUCUCCUACAAAAAGCAGCAGAAAUGGCAUGCUUCUUGGUACUGAAGAGACUACUACUUGGGCCUUCCCCGCCAUCUACCCAGGACCGCCUCCGGAAGAGGCUUGAGCAACGCCAGCUGCUGUCGGACGAAGGCGAGAGCAGUCUGCAAAACGGCCAGAGCCGCAGACUCCUCGAUUUGGAGGCGCAGACUUACGACACCUUUGAUGACAACGCCAGCAACGCCUCGACUCGCUCUCGCAUCAACCCAAGGAUCAUCUCCGAUGCCAUCUUGGGUCUUUCUGACGGCUUGACCGUUCCGUUUGCUCUCAGUGCAGGUCUUUCGGCUCUGGGCAAUACCAAAGUCGUCGUGCUCGGUGGUCUUGCAGAGCUUGCAGCAGGAGCUAUUUCGAUGGGCCUUGGAGGAUAUGUAGGAGCCAAGAGCGAGAUGGAAUCUUACCAGGCUACCAGACGCGAGACUGAAGAGUUAAUCGAUGCCGCGCCAGAGGAGACUGCCACGCGCGUUCGCCAGGUCUUCGCUGAAUUUGGAGUCCCGGACAGCGUCGUGGAGGAUAUCAGCAACAAACUGCACGAUUCACCCAACCUACUCAUGGGCUUUCUCCUGAAAUUCCACCACGGCGAAGCAGAGCCAAACUGUAACCAGGCCUGGAUCUCCGCGAUCACUCUUGCCUUGGGUUACUUUGUUGGCGGUUUCAUCCCCUUGAUCCCAUACUUUUACAUUGACAAGGUCUUGGUGGCUCUUUACUGGAGUAUUGGCGUCAUGGGCGUCACGCUCCUCGUCUUUGGAUACAUCAAAACCUGCAUCGUUCGCGGCUGGUAUGGUAGGGACAACAUUAUCGCCGGCAUCAAGGGCGGACUUCAGAUGAUCUUGGUUGGAGGUUUGGCUGCCGGGGCCGCGAUUGCGUUAGUGCGUGCUAUUGAUCAAGGGGCCGGGUAACCAGCGGUUGGGGGCGUUAGCUUACUGCUUUCGAUUUCAGCGAGUACUCUCUGCGAUUGAUUGGUUCUUGUCCUUGGGGUUCGGCGCUAUAAUAAGGGGAAAAGACACCAGGAGUAAACCGGUGCUUACAGACUUUGCAGGAUAGUUUAGACUAUACCCAAUAAGCAAAAUUCGAAUGAAGUCUCCCAAUGCUUAUAUCUCUA